GUUUAGAUGGCAAAAUCAGUAUAAAAUCGGUGUAACAAUUAACAAACAAUAACAAAUAUUUAUAAAAUUUUUAAUUUAGAAGAGAAAUACAGAAUUGAUUAUUUGACUGUAAGUUUCAACAUAAAAUAGAUCUAAUGUCUGAAUACGAAUUCGUCGCUGGAGGAAAACUGAAAUUGAAAGGCGAUUCGGGAAUAAAAAAGUAAGUUGAGAGGAUUUAUUAUUCUCAAAUUAUGUCAUGAUAGGUUCGUUUGAUAUUUUUCUAUCAAAUAUAUCUUCUUCUCCUUUGUCUUCAUCCCAGCUAUUGGUUUGGGCCACUCUCAUUUUAAAUUUGAUUUGAUAUCUACAUCUUCGAAUUCACCCACAACUUUCAUAUAAUUCUCAAUCGCAUCCAACCCCUGCUUUUUCGUCUUUCUUCUCUCCCUUUCUCCUCUAACGUUUAUUUUUAUUCAAAUUAUUAUUACUUUUGUUUCCUUUCAUGACAUGCCCAAAUCAUCUCAGUCUGUUUCUUCUCAUUUUAUCUAAUAUUAAAUCCAUGCCUAAAUUACUCUUAUGUAUUCAUUCUUUAUCCUAUCUUCUCUCUUCACUCUAUUCAUCCACCUAUGCCUUCUUAUCUCUAAUACACUAAUUCUAUGUUCUACUUCUCUGUCUACCAACCAACACUUUGAACCAUACAACAUAGCCAAUUUUACUGAACUCUUGUAGAACUUACCUUAUUAUAUUUAAAUAAAUAUUAACUGAUAAUGGGGCUUUUAUUUCCUAGUUUUAUUAAUUGCACCAUUUCCAAUGAAAAACUGUGAGCGCCUCUAAGAAUACAUCAUAUGCAUAAACGUCAUCUGUCAGACAUAUUUAAUAAAAAUUCUCUACAUUUACAACAACUUGUUAUUUUUUUUACUCUCAUUUUCUAUUUCAAAAUUUAAAAUUAUGAUGUUUAUUUAAAAUGUCUUUUUUAUUCUGUUACCUUAUAUAUUCAGGCAGAACAUAUUAUUUAUCAUCAUUUAAUUAUAAUAGUUUUCAAACAGUUUUGUAUUUCUAUGAUUAUAUUAUAGGUAAUAAAAUGGAUCUGAAAACAUAAUAUUUUUGUAUUAUUAAUGAAUGGUUUAUUUUGUUUGGCAUAGAAAAAAAAAGAAGAGUUGUAAAGAUAAGGGGAAAAUGAUUGAAAAAAUUAACAAAGAAUUGGAGCAACAAAAGGUUAAAGAAUAUUAUGUACCUCCCACAAAAGCAGAGCUGGCAUUCAUGAAACAACAAGAAAAAUUGGUAAGUAUUUUGAUCAAAGUUAAGUGUUUGUUUUGUUUAAAAAUGUAAAUUUAUUAUGUUAUUUAUUGUAUGAUGAAGCAAAAAGAAAAAAUUUUGAAAAUUGCAUCAACUACUCAUAAACAAAGGGUUGAAGAAUUUAAUCGUCAUUUGGAUAGUCUCACAGAACAUUUUGAUAUACCCAAAGUCAGUUGGACCAAAUAAGUGUCCUUUAAUUUCUAAAAUUGUUGUCAGUGUUAUUAUUCAUCAGCAUAAUAUAUGUAUUUUAAGCUAAUUCUAUAAUAAUUUUUAAAUAUAUCUUAAUAAACGUACAACUAGUUUUUUUUUAUUGAUCAUCAAUAAAUUAUCUGUAUAUUCUCAGUGGUGAGGCUAUUAGAAAUAAGAAAACAAAUUUAUGUUUAAAAUAUUACAUGCUGGCUACCGUAUUUACAGUACUGUACAUAUAUCUAACUUAGUUCUGGCCAGUUUGUUAAUUAUGAGCAUAACUAUGUAAUAUUAUAAAAACAUUUAUAUUAUAAUAUU